AUGGGCAGUGCUCAGGGGGCGGUGGGCGGUGGGCGGAUGAAUACCUCUAGUUAUUGCCUUGAGCAGAUUGGACGGAUAAGUGGUGAUUCGGAAGGGGGUGGGAGUGUGGCGGGAGUGGAGUUUCGGUGCGAUAGCCCCGCCCGCUUGCCUUGCCCGUGCAGCGAGGCACGCGUGCCAGCUUUUAGUCCCGCUACGGAAUCAACGAAUCCGCUCCAUAACCAAGAUCUGUAAUGAAAAAUAUCAAAUACAUAGGGCGCUGAGGCGGCCACCGCCUGCGAUAGCGCUGCUGUCGGCGGAAGUGGAGUGCGGACGCCACCUUCCUUGUCCGCCGCCCCCGCCUCGAGCAAACAUCUCUUUCCGGCGGCGGCACGUUGGGAACCUGCGCCUCAUCCCGCUACCGUGCGCCGCUGUCGCCGCCGCCUCCUCG